AUGGUGAAGUUCUUGAAACCGAAUAAGGCGGUGGUCCUCCUGCAGGGGCGAUUCGCCGGCCACAAGGCCACUAUUGUGAAGAACUUCGAUGACGGCACCCGCGACCGCCCCUAUGGCCAUUGCCUGGUCGCCGGCAUUGCAAAGUACCCUAGCAAGGUUAUCCGCAAGGAUUCCGCCAAAAAGCAGGCAAAAAAGUCGCGCGUGAAGGCAUUUGUCAAGGUCGUCAACUAUAACCACAUUAUGCCUACGCGCUACACGCUCGACGUCGAUCUCAAGGACAUCGUCACUACUGACUCACUCGUCUCGCGUGACAAGAAGGUGACAGCUAGCAAGGAGAUCAAAGCCAGGUUGGAAGAGAGGUUUAAGACGGGCAAGAAUAGAUGGUUUUUCUCUAAGCUCAGAUUCUGA